CGGGAGCCUGGCAAGGAAUUUAAAACUUGUUUCAGGAAUACGGAACACUUUAUAUUCAGGAAUACAAGAAAAACAGCAAAGUGGAGUCAAGUACAUGCAGCAGCUUCAUGGGCUUGAAGGAUCAUCUGGGGCAUGACUUAGGCCACCUUUAUGUGGGGAGCACUGGCACACAAAUAAAUGCAAUUGUACCUUGGUCCAUGGCGGAGAAGCCAACGAUGGAUAAGGUUAAUUCUAGGAAAGAAGACGGAGAAAAGGAGAUGUCUGAAGAGACUUCUGGAAGCUCCAGCUGUGACUCCGAAGAAAGCACAAAUUCUGAUAAUGAUUCAGAGAGACUGAAUAAUUCUGCAUCGGAGUCACAUUUAUUGCCUAAGACUCACCGACAGUUGUGCCGAUCUCCUUGCUUAGAGCCUCAUAUAUUAAAAAGAAAUGAAAUCUUGCAAGACUUUAGGAUAGAAGAGGCUCAGAUAGUACCUAAGGAAGUCAAAAAGCCUCCUGAUGUGGUGAAAGAAUAUCAAACCAAACUGGAGUUUGCACUUAAGUUGGGUUACUCUGAAGAGCAGGUUCAACUUGUACUAAAUAAACUUGGUACUGAUGCUUUAAUAAAUGAUAUUUUGGGAGAACUUGUCAAACUCGGGAAUAAAACUGAGACUGAUCAGACUGUAACUAAUGCUAACACUAGUGUAAUGCGUGAAGCGUCUUCCAUAGAGUCUCAGAGGUCAGAGUCUCCACUGCAGGAGGAUGUGACAGAGGAUGGAGACAACCUGAGGCCAAUAGUUAUUGAUGGCAGCAAUGUUGCAAUGAGCCACGGGAACAAAGAAGUAUUUUCUUGUCGAGGAAUCAAAUUGGCAGUAGAUUGGUUUUUGGAAAGAGGCCACAAGGAUGUUACUGUGUUUGUGCCAGCGUGGAGGAAAGAGCAGUCGAGACCAGAUGCUCUUAUAACAGAUCAAGAAAUCUUACGUAAAUUAGAAAAAGAGAAGAUUCUCGUCUUCACACCAUCCCGGCGUGUGCAGGGGAGAAGGGUGGUGUGCUACGAUGACCGAUUUAUAGUGAAGUUGGCCUUCGAGUCAGAUGGCAUCAUUGUCUCUAAUGAUAACUACAGGGAUCUAGCUAAUGAAAAGCCAGAAUGGAAGAAGUUUAUAGAUGAACGCUUGUUGAUGUAUUCUUUUGUUAAUGACAAAUUUAUGCCUCCUGAUGAUCCUCUUGGCCGCCAUGGUCCAAGUCUGGACAAUUUUCUUAGGAAGAAGCCUAUUGUGCCAGAACAUAAGAAGCAACCAUGUCCAUAUGGGAAGAAAUGUACCUAUGGACACAAAUGCAAAUACUAUCAUCCAGAAAGAGGAAAUCAGCCUCAGCGAUCUGUAGCUGAUGAACUUCGUGCCAUGUCUAGAAGCACAGCUGCCAAAACUACAAGUGAAGGACUGGUAAAAAGCAAUAGUGUCCCCUGUAGCACUAAAAGUGAUGGCGCUUCAGAGCUGAAGCGUGGUGCUCCAAAGAGGCAAUCGGAUCCUAGUAUAAGGACUCAAGUCUAUCAAGACUUGGAGGAGAAGCUUCCCACCAAAAACAAAUUGGAAACCAGGUCUGUACCUUCUUUAGUUAGUAUACCAAGUUCCUCUGCUGGAAAACCCCAAAGUACUGCACUUUUAACUAACGGCCUUCCAUCCGGAGUUCACUUCCCACCUCAGGAUCAAAGACCACAGGGACAGUAUCCUACAGUGAUGAUGGCAACCAAAAAUCAUGGAACACCAAUGCCUUACGACCAGUAUCCAAAAUGUGAGUCUCCGGUGGAUGUAGGGUAUUACUCUAUGCUGAGUGCGUAUUCGAAUCUCAGUAUAUCUGGACCGCGUAGUCCUGAAAGGCGCUUCUCCUUGGACACGGAUUAUCGGAUUAGCUCUGUGGCUUCUGACUGCAGCAGCGAGGGCAGCGUCAGCUGUGGCAGUAGCGAUUCCUACGUGGGUUACAGCGACCGCUCUUACAUGAGUUCGCCUGACCCACAACUAGAGGAGAACUUGAAGUGCCAACACAUGCACCCCCACGGCCGCCUUAACACUCAGCCCUUCCUACAGAGCUACCACGAGCCCCUCACUCGAGUGCAGAGCUAUAGUCACGAAGAACCAAAGCAUCACCACAAAUCUCCCAUUCCGUACAUGGCUGUGCAUCCAGCGGUCGGUGCUCGUUCCAGUUGUCCGAACGACUACUCGGCAUCUCCGAGCUCCUCCCACUCAAAGGCGCUACAUCUGGGGAGAGCCCUGGUGUCCACGAGAAUAGACAGCGUUUCAGACUCGCGCUUGUACGAGAACUCUCCGUUAAGACACAGAAAGCCUUACUCUGGCCAGGAAGGGCUGGGGGGUUGGGAUAGGCAGAGUUAUGGGAUGGAUGCCUACGGCUACCGCCAGACGUACUCCUUGCCCAGCAACCCCACGCAGCCGUGCUACGAGCAGUUUGCCUUCCAAAGCCUUCCCGAGCAGCAGGACCAGCCCUGGCGCGUACCUUACUGUGGAAUCCCGCAAGACCCCCCAAGGCUCCAAGACACCCGGGAGAAGGUUUACAUUAACCUCUGCAACAUCUUCCCCCCCGAUCUCGUGAGGAUGGUGAUGAAGAAGAACCCUCACGUGACGGACGCUCAGCAGCUCGCCGCGGCCAUCUUAGUGGAGAAAUCUCAGCUAGGUUAUUGAGAGAUGAUGCAUCUUUGCGGUGUCUCGUAGUUUUCAGCUCAGCUCUAACGCUGAGGGAGGUUUGCUACAAUAGCAUUUGGGAUCUCCUUCUCAGCAAGGAGGUUAUAUAGUAAUCCGUUUAUGUGAAAUACUGUGUCAUGGAGUCUGUAUGCAUAGCCCCAUGCAUUGGAAGUACCAGAUAAGUUUUGUGUUCUAGUUUGAAAAUUUUUAAAUGGCUAUUUUCACAUCUGGAGGAUGUUCCAGUUUAAAUUAAUAUAUAUAUAUGUGUGUAUAUAUAUAUAUAUAAAAAAUCUGUGGUUUCUGGUUAUAAUCUUUGGUGCAUCAGGGGUUUAUAUGCAGCACUUUCUUAUCAUUGUUACAUUUUUGUUGGGAUUUUUGGUUUCAUUUUUUAACUUGCUGGAUGCUUAUUCUUGGGCUAUGAGAUACUAAUCUGCAGAAAGAGGAUUUUGCUACUUCUGGCAGGCAAUUUUCAAGCCAAUUUUCAAGCCAAGUUUCUGAAUUUUUUACACCACCAGGAGUAUGUCUGAUGUAUGUUUGUUUGUUUUUGUGAGCUGUUUUGUUCUGUAAUCACCUGUUUGUAGAAAACAAAGAUUUACUACAGCACUGACUUCAUUUUUCUGAAACAAAUAAUGAAGUUACCAGUUAACAGUGAAAUGGGUAACAGUAUAUUGGUAAUUUGUAGUAUGGCACUUUUCGUUGCUUUCUUUGUUUUGCUUAAAUAGUUACAGGUUUUUGUUGAUGCAGUCAAUUAGUAAUCAGAUGCAAACAGAGGAGGAAAAGAAUUAAAAAGUUUUUUUUUUACUAAUUUAUGGACAUGUUAAAAGCCUUACUGCCUGAUUUUCAAAGGUACUGAGAAUUUGCAGCCUCCAUGGAAGCUAAGAGAAACUGCAAAUACUCAGAACCACCCCAAACCAGGCCACCCUGUUUCAGUUCCCAUGUGUUGUUACCCAACUCUUUGUAUUCCUGGUUAGUAGAUGGGGACCUGAAAUCGUAGGGCCCUGUUUAGUUGUUUUAUAUGUUUUUCCUUUGUAUUGCUGCACAACUGUACUGGAUAAAAUAUGCUUUUCAUAAAAUAUUUACCUGUUUUUAAAUGAAUUUAAUUAUCUCAAUGCAAGUUUUGUAUUUAAGAUACUGUUUGAUUUUUCUUGCUAUUUAUCAAGGCUGGCCUGAAAAGGUUUUGUGUGUUCAGGAUAU